AUGAAUUGGAACAAUUUUGAAUUGCCACAUGAACCAUCAAUUGAUUUAGCAGACCAAGCUUUGUUAUUUGAUCCUUGUUUUAAUAAGUAUAAAAAGAAAAAAGGGUACUAUGCUACAGGAGUACCUGUUGUAAUGAAAGAAGGAGAUGUAUGUGAAGUACCAAAUCAAUUUGGAGUUCAAGAAUUAGCUAAUGCCAUUCCAUACUAUACAUCUCGGGUAUUAGCAGAAAACCAUACUAUUGAUGAAACACACAACUAUUUUAAUUUAAUGCAAAUAAUUAAUGUAAAAAAUAAAAAGUAUUUUAUUUAUUCUCAUAAAGAAGGAGAGGUAGAACUUUGUUUAUUUAAUGGAGAAAUUAUUCCUAAAGGAAGUAUUGUUUGUGGAGGUAUUAUCAGAAAAAUUGUUGUUAUUAAAGAGACAUUAUGGAAGAAUCCGUCAACACCUAUUACACCACCACCAAUAUUUUGUAUUGCUAAUGAAAGUAAUAUAUUUGUAUAUGUUAUGGAAAAUGAAAAUCCAAUAAGAAUAAACGAAUUUCAUAUUAAUGAUAAAAUUGAUGAUAUUCAAAUGAUUUGUACUGAUGACAUUUAUUUAAUUAUUGCUGUAAAUAAUAAAAUUCAUUUAAUUUCAAUAAAUACAAAAGAAGAUAAUGAAUAUAUAAUUCCAUAUAGAGAAGGAGAUGAUGGGGAGGCGAGAAUUACAUUUAGCUUAUUUCCUAAAUUAAUUAUUUGUAGAGGUUUUGGUAUGUAUACAUUAAAUAUAUUAACUAAAGAAGUUGAAACAAAGUACGGAUUUUCUGAUAAAGUUUUUGCUUUAACAAGUCAUAUAUAUUUUCCAUUUCAUGUUAUAGUUAUAACUGAAACAUCCCUUUUUAUUAUGGACACAAGAACAUUUACUGGUGUUGCAUCUCAUCUUCAUGUAAUUCCAAAACAACAUUUAUAUUAUGACGUAGAAUGUUUUUUUUAUGAAAAUAAAUUAACAUGUAUUAUUCCAACAGAACGUUAUUGCAUAAUAGUCCCCUUUAAGUUUAAUGUUGAAAAAUUACAGUUUAGUACUGAAUAUGCCUCUUGUCUUGUUAAACUUCCAUUAAUACUUCCAUUUAUUAAAAAAAAAUUACAUUAUAGGAUUCUUGGGUUUUAUGCAAUUCCUCAUGAAAAUGAACUUAUAAUGAUACUCAUUGAUACUGAAAGAAGAAUUACUGCUCAAAAAUUUACUUAUGGAGAAUACAAUGAAGAUAUUAAAAAGCACUCUAUUAUUCUUUCUGAAAAACACACAGUAGAAAGACCUAUACCAUUAUUUAGAAGAAAGAUAGAUAUGUACCGUGAAUUUUUAGAUAAACAAUUAUCAAAGGAACCAGCUGUUAAAAAAAAGAUAAAACAGGAAGUGUCUGAAAAUAAAAACACUAAAGUCAAGAACAUUGAAUACAAACACACAGAAAAUUUCUUUUAUAAUUACGCAUUAAAAAAGUAUGCAAAAAAAGAUAAAGAAGAAAUGGAACUUAGAAAAAAAGAAUUACGCAAAAGAAUUGAAAGUAAAAAACCAAAAGUAAUAAAAGAACCUAAACCAAAGAAACCUCAAAUCAAACUACCUAAAGAAAGGAAAAAGAGAGAAGGAAGUGGAAUGGUAUCACUUAAUGCUCUUAGACGUCACAAACACUGA